AUGACCAGAACUUCAGUUUUAGCAGAUGCUUUAAAUGCCAUCAACAACGCCGAGAAAACCGGUAAAAGACAAGUUUUAAUUAGACCAUCAUCAAAAGUUAUUAUAAGAUUUUUAACAGUUAUGCAAAAACAUGGAUAUAUUGGAGAAUUUGAAUAUAUUGAUGAUCAUAGAUCAGGUAAAAUUGUUGUACAAUUAAAUGGUAGAUUAAAUAAAUGUGGUGUUAUUUCUCCAAGAUUUAAUGUUAAAAUUAAUGAUAUUGAAAGAUGGACUGAUAAUUUAUUACCUGCUAGACAAUUUGGUUAUGUUAUUUUAACUACUUCUGCUGGUAUUAUGGAUCAUGAAGAAGCUAAAAGAAAACAUGUUGCUGGUAAAAUCUUAGGUUUUGUCUACUAA